AAGCGGAAACAGAUGAGGCCAUCAUAGAUCAUGUGUCAAUACAUCUAUUAUAUUUUGAGCAAUUAUUAGAUAAAUGUAACUGACAGGUUUCAACUGUGCUCAUUAAAACGGUGGUUUUAGAAGACUCAACAAUGUCAGACAGAGAAGAAUUCGCUAUAGAUAGUCCUGGUUCGAAGGGUACGGGAAAUAGAAUCCAGACCUUUCUAAGUAAGAACAAGACUUUUUUACUCUUAUUGGUGUUCCUUGCCAUUGUUGUCAGCUUCCUAAUUUACUUCGGACACUCCCAAGCAAAGAUUAACAGGGAUUUGACAGAUGCACUUACGACAUCCAAUAGACCUGCUGAGGAAUUACGUGGUGAUGCUCAUGGUGACGUUCUUAUGUCAUCCAACCCACUUGUGGGUAAUUUAUUUGGUGAAGAAGGCAAAGACGAUAAACAAAGACACUAUCUCAAUAUUGGAAUAAUGCGCCAAGAUGGCAAUCUACUAGAAUGCCUAGGGGGAACCGGAUCCUUACAGCUUUCGUUUCCGGAUAUCGAUUAUGCUUUAAUGGGUUACAAUAUAUUGCGUGGUUUUCCUCUUGCAAUUGGACAUGACCCUGGCUUUACGUAUCCAAUAUUUGCUGCCAAUUACGAAACCAAAAAGCAAACCGCCGAUUGCCGCUACAGUGUCCCACAAGGUCUUGUUGUGGUCCCGGACGUGUCGUGUAUUACGUCGUUUACGUCAACAAUCGUUCAAACACAAUACGAGUUUGCAAAUUCACUAUCUGUGUCUGCAAGUGUAAGUGGUGGUGGAUGGGGUGUGAGCUUUUCUGCAAGCGCCGGUUACAAAAAAUCUUCGUCAGAAAUAUCUACUGGAGAGUCAGUGUACAUCAUUUCCUCGGCCAACUGCAAUUAUUAUUUCAGCAAACUAGUCAAGCGGUCACCUCCCCCUCUGGACCCCGUUUUUCUUGGCUGGAUAGAAAGGUUAAGUACGACCGACUCAACUGAUUUGUACUUAGAAUUUCUUGACACGUAUGGCACCCAUUUUCCUACUGAAGUUACUUUUGGAGCUAGGUUUACAUAUGAGCACAAAAUGGAAUCGAAAAAAUACGAAAAAGAAAGUGAGAGUGGAGUCAACGUUGCUGUCUCUGCAAGCUACUCUGGCAUAGUCAAUGUUGGCGGUGGAUUUUCAAUGGAUAAAUCACAAAGAGAAAAGGCAUCUGCAUUUUCAAAAUCAGUGGAAACGAAGACAAUUUCAGUAGGAGCACCACCUCCUGCAAACGGCGACGCGCUUACUUGGGCUUCAACCGUAAAGGACAGUCCAGUACCAUCUAGCUACAAACUUGCGUCUAUAGAGGAGCUGUUUACAGAUAAGUAUUUGGAUGAGACCCAAUUAAGGGUAAAUCUCGCCCAUAUUGCAAGAAAUAUCAAUAAAACAAAACGCGAAUAUUGCCAGAAUAUGAUUUCGAGGGGUGAAGUAGAGUCAUGCCAGACUCUAUCCCCGGGAUUAAUGCUUGGUCGAACAGAACUUCGUAAUUACUAUGAUUCAACAGUUUCAACGUACAAAGAAUGCGUCGACAAUUGUUUGAAGCUCAUCAAAUGCGUUGCAAUUGACUAUUGUGAUACUUGUAAAAGUUAUAGCAAUCAUUAUCAUACUUGUUACAUGUACAGCACAGAUAGGUUUAUAUCUGGAGAGGAAAAUGAGAGUUGGAAAUCCCUACUAAUAAUCGGGAAAUCGAGAAAAAACCUAACGCUCGAAGGCACGGAUAUCAUAGGUACACCAAGACAGAUGAAUGAAGAGGGAGAAGACAAUGUAGAUGACAAAACGAAAGUUAACGAAACAGAAUGUGGACGUGUUUGUAUGGCCGAUGCACAUUGCGUUGCUUACAGCUACUGUGAUUGCGACGAAGUUGAACAGAAAUGCAAACUUUAUAGUUUUGACAACAUUAAAGGAUUUAAGAAAGAGCCAAGAGCAACGACUAUCUUCGUUGCCAAAAAAGAAGAUUAAAACAUUUUACCCUUUGAACAAGUUCAAUAUCAAAACAUCAACGUUUAACGUUGAAAAUUUGAAUUGAGCGUUCACGAUUCUUAUUGUAGUAUACAUUUUAUAUUAAUAUAUUGAAAGGCUUAAAAAGGACAGAGCUAAAAAAAAAUAAUUUAUUGUCUUAAUAAGCAUAUUCUUAGAACGACUGACAUGCAAAGAGACUUCAACAUCAAAGUGCAGUUUAUUAUCCCAAAUGGGCACUAUACAGAGUUCUUUUAAAUUCAUGAAAACGUAAUUAAGUGGUGGUUGUUGUUGUGGUGGUGGUGUGUGUAUGAAUGUGCGUGUGUGUCUGUGCGCGCGCGCCCCAGAGCACUUGAUUACAAGAUGUUUCGUCAUGCACAGCAAGCCAUGACAAACGAACGUUAUCAACUUAAAAAAAGAGAAAAAAAUAUAAUGAUCUAUUUUAGGUGUUCCCCUGCAUGAAUAUUUUGUCUCUGUUCUCUAACUUGAAUAUUUAUUUUUUCGAAAAGCAAUUUAGCAGCAACCGUCAUGUGACAGACACAUCCUUAUAAACAUGUUUUUGUGGUAAAACUUAAGUUCUUAUUUUGUCUAUAUGCACAAACAUACGUUUUUAAAUUUUACAUUCUUUAUCAUGCCAUGUAGACGUUUCAAUGUGGAAUUCACAUUAAAAUUUGGGACAUACGAAAUCACGAAUAUAAAAUCUACGGAAGUGAGAAGGUGGCGACUACGAGAUUACGUUUUAUUACGCUACGGUGGUAGAAAGGAUAUCGGGCAAUUGAGAUAGUCUUUGUUUAAUUUGCAAUAACUAUCUUCUUAAUAACAUAUUUCCAGUUACAGGAAUUUUUAUUCUAACGAUUUAAAGAUAGGAUUGUACAUUUAGCAUUCCUAAUGUACAUGUACUUGUAAUAUUCUUUUAUUGUACAUUUAGCAUUCCUACUGUACUUGUAAUAUUCUUUUUAUAUCUCAUUCUACUGGCAUCAUGCAUAUUUAGAAAUGAAUUUAACAUAAACAGGUCUAUGCGUGUUUAAGUGUGUUAUAAGUUGUGCGUGUUUGUAAAAAAUCCUGUUGUAGAUUUUCACCGCCGACCCAAAUGGAACACAUCGACGAAUAUUCAUAAAACUCUCGGAUUAAAAUAUGGCACCACGUGGUUUUAGAUGUAAACAAAAAGAGAAGGUGUAAUUUAUGUUUAAUUUGUUUAAUGUAAAACGAAUGUAUACAUGAGACAUUCAAAGACAAAUAAAGUCUAUUUCGGUAUAAUGAUGAUUGACAAUUUGUCUGACAAUCAUUAUCAAUUUUAAAUUCCCACUGAUGUACAAAUUAACCAAAUCCGAAUUAAUGUCAACAGUUACACUUUUUGUAACUUCAUUGUCUACAACCAUAAUAAUAAGUAAAUAAAUAAUGUACUUUUUACUUUUAUAUCUAUGAAUUUACUUAAUUUAGGUGGAUUUUUAAUCGAUAUAUUGAAAUAAACUGUCAACAACUCUUAGCAUUACGUUUUAAUUAUUAGUUUUGACGUUAAGUGCUAUUAACCGAUUAACCACAAUAUCAAUAUUAUUGAAAACAAUCAGUGUAAAUCAGUGUAAAGACAAUCGUCUGUAUAGUCUCUAAGCAAUUACAUCUGGCUUAUAACAGUAUUUAAUUAUAUACUUUUGCUAAAGUAUUUGUUAAACGACUUGAAAAAGUCAUACACGUAAGAUCGUUUAGUGAUACUGAAACCACAAGUCAAUUAAGUGAUCACUUUGUAAAAAAAGUAAUUUUUUGGGUGUAUUUUGCCUCGUAGCUCGUAGACUAUAUAUUAUACAUUUCUGGCAGUAAUUGUCAUUAUUGUAAGUUGUCUAGUAUACUUCGAAUCCUAAACAAGCAAAGUUAAACAAGCAAAUGCCACUGUUCAUACCGUUUACGCUAUGGAUAAUAUCCCACCAAUCAUUUCAAGAUCGCGGGAGCUGGAUGAGAAGGGAUGGGUUGGUUAGGAAGGUUUUUUGCAAAGUUUAGAAAAAAGCCGCAGGGUGAGGUAGAUGUACGUUGUUGAAACAAAAGGCACUUUGAAAUGAUCCUGCAGUAUAUAACUGUGUUAUAUACUUUGCCGUUACUUGAUUUUGGACGUUAAGUUAAAUUUUACGGUGCAUUUUCUUCAUUCGGUCACUACAUUUAAAAAGCUCUAAGCUAAGUAUAACAAUAUUCUGUAUUGAACUUUAAAGAGAUGAAUUUUUUUUCGAAUUAUAUUAUUUACUUAUUUGGUUAAAACAGGGCUCUUACGACAAGAUAACAGAUGUUCCUGCACAAGACCUCUACCGACAGAUCUUGUUGUUGUAUAGUUUGAUAUUGGAACAAUCAUUUAAAUCCAUUCAUUUAAAUAGUAUACAUGAAUUGUUAAUGUUUUUCGUUUAUAUGCUUAUUUGUUGAAAGUAAAUAAUGCAAACCUAAGUUAUUAUAUUAACUUGUUUCAAAGAUGAUUUAUUCGGUCUGUAUAAGAGUUACAUUUAUACUUCGAGUAUGUAUAUAAAUGUUUAUAAAAAGAUUAUAUUAUAUUUGUAUCAUCUUCAGUAUUUUUCGCAUGUUAAAAGCACAUAGGGGUAUAAUAACGAUAUUACAUUAAAUGUAAAUAGUU